AUGACGGAUCCAAAGAAACCUCAAGAACAGACAGAAACUGACCUAAAAACUGGUGAUGAAAUCAAACAAUUAAAGGAUAAGGAGAAUGUUGAAGAUAAAAAACCUUUAGAGACCAUUAUUGAAGCUGCACGAACUGUCGCACUUGUAGAUGAAAAUGUUAUGAUGGCCAUGCCUGAACUUUUGGAAAAGAGUUAUCAACCGCAAAAUGACACUUCAGUUCAGACCUAG